AUGACAGCCGACGAAGAAUCGCCGUUUUUGCAUUCGCCCACGACCCCGGGAAGCCCUGAGUCCGACCUUGACCUAAGCCGAAAGUCUGAACACGCCAAUAAAUUGGUCAUCUAUGGUUCUUUUCUUGGCGUAUUCCUUGCGUCUGCCGACGAGUCACUUGUCAUCUCAACAUGGAGCUCCAUCGCUUCGCAAUUCAACCGUCUGUCAGAAGGGUCAUGGCUGCUCGUCGCAUAUAAUUUUGGCUAUUGCGUCUCAUUACCGGUGUAUGGUACGCUCAGUGACUCGUACGGACGGAAGAAUGUCCUUCUCUGGGCCUAUUUUCUAUUUGCUUUGGGAUGCCUGGCAUGUGGGGCGAGUGGUUCCUUGAUCCAGCUAAUCCUGGCUAGAGUACUGGCUGGUAUUAGUGGGGGUGGCAUGGUUGCUCUGGUUUCCAUUAUCAUAACCGAUCUGAUGCCCGCAAACGAGGUGGCACUGUUCCGAGGAUAUGCCAACGUGGUCAAUGUUGCUGGUCGCAGCUUGGGAGCCCCAGUUGGGGGCUUUCUGAUCACGACACUUGGAUGGAGAUGGUCGUUUCUAGGCCAACUCCCUCUCAUCAUUAUAUGUAUGAUGGUCGCAUAUUACGGCCUUCCCUCGUCGUUGAACCAGAGUAAGACAAAUGACGACCCGGAUAUUCCUCGAUCCCCAGCAUCUCACAUCGAUUAUGGCGGCAUCAUCAGUUUUGCUACGGCGAUUGUCAUGUUGCUUCUUUUGAUCCAAAGCUCGAACGGGACAGAUGAUUACCCAAUGCUACCCUUAAUGGCGUCUGCGUUCGCAAUCGCCGUUGCAGUCUUCGUCUUGACGGAAGCAUACUGGGCCAGGAAUCCUUUGAUACCGUUAAGCCUAGUCAAAGGUCCCUUGGGAGGGUACUUCGUGGGACAAUUGAUGUUACUAACAGGUCGCUCGGCGCUAAGCAGUAACAUGGUCCCGUACUUUGUCCGAGCUGAAAAAGCGACUGAUAUCCUCGCAUCCUUUACCUACGUCGUCACCGCGGUAGGUGUCUCAGUCGGCGGCUUGAUCGCAGGCGCCAUCAUCAAACGUACCAAGCGAUACAAAACAAUGAGUGUAAUAGCAGUGGGAUCCGCUGCCCUGCUAUCUAUUCUAAUUUACAUUCGCUACCGCGAUGGCUGCUAUACCUGGGAACUAGUCUAUCUCUUCCCGUCCGGCGUGUCCAAUGGCAUACUCUUCUCCACACAAUUCAUCGGCAUGUCAUUGACUGCGCCGAAAGAGCGGCUGGCGACUUCCAUCGGGAUCUACUACCUCUCCCAGCAGUUGGGAUUCAUUGUCGGUCCGGCGGCUUCGGUCGCUGUUGUUCAACGGCGCUUUGCCAAUAGCCUUUCUGGAGGCCUGGAGGGAUUGAAAGAGAAACAGCGUAUCGAUCGGAUCCUCAAUGAUCUGAGAUUCUCCGAGAGCUUACCGGAAAGAGUCCAGAGCAUCGUCCGGUCGAGCUAUCUGUAUGGGUUUCAAUUUGUACCGUUACUCGGCACGGUGUCCAUUUUGAUCAUGUUGCCAAUCGUGCUACUGCUGAAGGAAAGAAGAAUCGAAUGA